AUCCAAAAAAUCUUAGUGAAAGAAAACAACCCAAAAAUGUAAAAUUAGGUUUUUGGCUUACAACAUUUACAUCAUCACAAGACCAAAUAAAAACUUAAUUAUAUAAAUCUCAUUCACUACACUCUUCAACGUCUUAAACUCUUACAAGUUAGAACUUAGAACCAUUCUCUAUGGAAAUACCUCCAUCACCUCCGCCGGAGACGGCGGCCUACACAUUAACCACCUCUUCAAUCUCCUACACCAUACCAAAAACCUCUCUCUCCCUCCUCCGCUUCCCGGCGACUGAGCCACCCUCCUUUAUCCUCCGCAACAUCACUCUCACCGCUCAUCCAACCGAGAUCCUCGCCGUCGUUGGCCCUUCCGGCGCCGGAAAAUCAACUCUCCUUGACAUUCUCGCCUCUAAAACCUCCCCAACUUCCGGUUCAAUCCUCCUUAACUCCAUUCCCAUUAACCCUUCCUCUUAUCGAAAAAUCUCCUCUUACGUUCCCCAACAUGACUCUUUCUUCCCUCUCCUCACCGUCUCCGAGACCUUCUCCUUCGCUGCUUGUCUCUUGCUCCCAAACCCAUCAAUAGUUUCUGAAACCGUAACCUCUCUUCUAUCAGAGCUUAACCUAACACAUCUUUCCCACACAAGACUCGCUCAAGGCUUAUCCGGUGGCGAAAGAAGAAGAGUCUCGAUAGGGUUAAGCCUCCUUCACGACCCUUGCUUUCUUCUCCUCGAUGAACCCACUUCGGGUUUAGACAGUAAAUCCGCUUUUGACGUCAUUCACAUCCUCAAAUCCAUCGCUGUGUCAAGACAACGGACCGUGAUAUUGUCCAUUCACCAGCCUAGCUUCAAGAUUCUGUCUAUCAUCGAUCGGUUGUUACUUCUUUCAAAAGGAACUGUUGUGUACCACGGAAGACUUGACUCCCUCGAAGGUUUCUUGCUCUUCAAGGGAUUUACCGUCCCUCCGCAGCUCAAUUCCCUUGAAUAUGCAAUGGAAAUACUUCAAGAACUACGAGAAUCCGACGGAAACACCGAUGCUACUGCUCUCCCUUCAAUCGAAAACCGGAAACAGAGAGAAAAACAGAGUAUUGUUCGAUAUAGAAAAUCAAGAAUCACCGAGAUAAGCCUUCUCGCGAGAAGAUUCUGGAAGAUCAUUUACCGGACAAGGCAACUACUUCUAACCAAUGCAUUAGAAGCCCUUGUAGUUGGUCUUGUCCUAGGAACUAUCUACAUCAACAUCGGAAUCGGCAAAGCAGGAAUUGAGAAAAGAUUCGGUAUGUUCGCCUUCACGCUCACUUUUCUCCUCUCUUCAACAACCGAAACCCUCCCGAUCUUCAUCAACGAGCGUCCAAUUCUUCUCAGGGAGACUUCGAGUGGUAUUUACAGACUCUCCUCUCACAUUCUCGCAAAUACACUCGUAUUCUUGCCGUACUUGUUCGUUAUCUCAAUCAUUUACUCUGUUUCGGUCUAUUUCCUCAUUGGUCUCUGCCCCACAUGGCAAGCUUUUGGGUACUUCGUUCUCGUGAUAUGGAUCAUUCUCCUAAUGGCGAACUCUUUUGUUCUCUUCUUGAGCUCUCUUGCCCCAAAUUACAUUACGGGAACCUCUCUUGUGACAAUUCUUCUAGCGGCUUUCUUCUUGUUUUCCGGUUACUUCAUUUCCAAGGAAAGUCUUCCCAAGUACUGGCUUUUCAUGUACUUCUUCUCAAUGUAUAAGUAUGCAUUGGAUGCACUUCUGAUAAACGAGUACUCGUGCUUAGCCUCCAAGUGUUUGGUCUGGUUGGAGGAAGCUCAAACAAAGAUCUGCAUGGUUACUGGAGGUGACGUGUUGAAGAAGAAAGGACUUCAUGAGAAACAGAGGUGGUUUAAUGUUUAUGUUUUGUUAGGGUUUUUCGUACUUUAUCGUGUGUUGUGUUUUCUUGCUCUCCUUAGAAGAGUUUCUGGUUCAAAGAGGUAAGUUUUUUUUUUUUUUACAUUUGUUUCUCACACUGAUCAAUCUAUGUUAACUUAACAAAAUAUCUCCGGAUCGAUCAUUGAUGUGUUGGAACUGUUAUAAAGUCUUUCGUAGACAUUCGAAUUCGGGAUCAAUUAUUCAACUUAUAUAUUCCUUUCUUUCUUUUUCACGUUUCAAUGUUAACUAGGU